AUGGCUGGGAGGCAGCCUAUCGUGCAACAUGCCGAGCAGCCGCUCGUGCAGAUCAGGGAAUGGGUAAUGAAGCGAUUGAAGCACCUGUUGGGCUUCGACGAGGUCGAUGGCCUCGUGGAUAACCUCAUGAAGCUCCAAUCUGCCGAGGAGAUCGAAAAGUACAUCAAGGACAUCCUGGGCACCGAGCGCAAGGCGGUGCAAAAGUUCACCGAGGAUCUGAUUCAGAAGCGGAAGGACGCCUCGCCCCUCUUCCGCACGGUGCCCAUCAGGAAGCUCUCGACCGCCGGACCCUCGGGCCAGGGUCCGAGCGAGCCCAACGUCAAGGUCUACCGCAAGAAGGACGAAGUCGAUCCCUAUCAUGCUAAGCCAAGUGCGCACUACAUGACACGCUACGUCGACUACAGCAUGGUGAAGAAGAAGAAGAAGCCGGUGAACAAGCCCAAGGAUCAGGGCGCGUCGCCGCCGACCCCCAACGCGGGCCAGGCGCAGACUGGCGGUGGCAAGAAGAAGGGCGGUAAGCAACAGGCCGGCGAUUCGCUCCAGCUUCCCGGACGCGCCUGGUGCGGGUGCAUGGCCGCGCGCCAUCCGCUGCUGGGCAACUGCCUGUAUUGCGGCAAAAUAGUGUGCGCGCAGGAAGGUGUCGGUCCCUGCCUCUUUUGCGGGAAUGCGGUCGGCGAAGCGCCCGGCGCCGGCAGCAUCUCGCUCUCCAAGCAAGAG